AUGUCGAGCCACAAUAAUUCUUCCUCCCCCAGUGGCACAAGUCCUCGAACAAAAGACAUUUCAAAGCAAACGAACCCAACAGGAUCAACCGCCGCAGAUAUACACACCUUCCUUUCGCAACUACCUCCACGCCAGCAUUCAUCUCUACCCCAGAGCCCGUGGACAGUGUCUAAAGGCAGUUACACUAGAACGGAUGGAUCUGAUGUAUAUGUUCGGGGUCCUGAUGAUUUCCAGGCGAACGCCUUGCAAUCACGGACUAAUGAAAGUGUUAAGGGUGUGUAUGAAAACGAAAGCAUUGGUGAAGGCGGAAAGAAUGGAAAAAGGUAA